CUUGGAAACUGCUGGCAAGAGUCGCGUUGCCUUGGGUGGAACUAUAGAAUUUGAUUUCUAGCCGUCUGCCGGGUUUUCCGUAUUUUAUCGAGGCACAGCAAUCGCUUCCUGAGCUUUCAAGGACUUCGUCUUAACGCAGCCCGAUGAUGCUUUGAAUGGCUUCAGUUACAUUCUGCUCAAAGUCCUGACCGUCCUGAAUCCAUAGCCUUAGUUUAUUACUCAAGACGACUUCCAUGAGAUUUAUUGAGGAUGAAUUGCAAGAGGUCUCCAAACUUUGUCACAAUGUGGUCGAAGGUAGCCGAAUUGUGUCCUGCUUCCAAACUAUGGUUCGGAUCGAAAUAACGAAGACGUCAUUUAAGAAAAUCAUCGUAUGCGCUCAAUUUCCCGAAAAUUAUCCCAAAACUCCAUUGCUGAUUGAAUUGAAGAGUAAAACUUUGUCCGAAAAUCUGCUGGCUGGCUUGACCAACGUGUGCGAACAGGAAUGUAAAAAAAUCUUGGGAAAAGCUCAGGUUCUGCCAGUUUUAAAGUUCGUCAGCAAUUUUAUCCAUGAAAAUUCACUCUGCUGUUGUUACGACGAAAUAUCUGCAUUGAAAAAGCUUCUUGGAGAACGUGACAAACUGCAGUUAAAACAGAAGAGUUCCUGUAUCAAUUUGAAGGUUUAUCAAGGACUUUAUUAUUUUAAGACUAAAAUAUUGGUCCCUGACAAUUAUCCCGAAAUUUCAGUCAGUUUGGAAGAAAUCGACACUAACUUCCCACCUGUUUUCACCCGUCAUUUAGUAGGGCAGGGCAGAGAACUAGGCAGAAGAUGCGUCGAACCGCCGUUAAAGAAACUCCCUAAUCAACCGCUGUUCAAACCUUCGCCCUCUCUCUGCAAAGUUGUAUCUUUUCUCAUAAGAUCUGCCAAGACACUUCCAAACCAGCAUUGUCAGCUCUGCAGAGAUGCUUGUCUUCCUCAGAAUCCAGAGGAUGCCGUAACCGACGAGACGGCAGAUUUGCACGUCGAAAGGCUGUACUGCAGCCAUUUGUUCCAUCAGCAAUGCCUCAUAACGUAUAUGAAAACUCCUCCAUUUCACGGAGGGAAAAAGUGUCCUGGUUGCGGUCAAAGAGUUUAUCAUGACAAGUGGGUUGUCAGUGAACGACUAGCGGAAGAUCGUUGGGCACACGAACAGGCUCGAGUUCGUGAGCUGGCAGAGGUUGCUGAUUUCUUUGAAUAAGUUCGAACAUAUUUCGAUUGUAACACGCCAUGAUUGUAUCAUUGCGACAAAGUGUCAACCUUAGGUGACAAGGAUUUAUGUACGGCGUCUCUAAGGCAUGGUAUAUACAUAUAUUAAUUGUAUAAUAUAUAUAUACUAUAUUUUAGUAAAAUUACAAUGGUCUGGGGAUUUGGUUAUUGAAAGAAACAAAAGAAAAGGAGAAG